AUAUUGCAUUAAAAAAAUGGCUCAAUCGGAGGAACAAACUGGAGAUUUUGUUAAUCGCUCUACUAACACAGAGGAUUUUCCCGAUGCAUUCGGAUCAUUGGGUUCAACAUCGACAAGCUAUUAUGGUGGCGGCUAUAACAAUGCUGGAAAUCAACACCAGAUGCAGCAGGGUGCAAUAGCCCAAUUAGCGAACAAAGGUUUCGGUACAUCGUCUACAUCAAAUUAUACUGCCAGGAUGCCGACUGACCGUCAUGCAGUUGAGUACAAUAUGCGUCAUAAAAACCGGGGGCUUGCCAUGAUUUUUAAUCAUGAACAUUUCACUGUGCAAUCACUCAAAUCAAGAUCAGGCACAAACGUCGAUUGUGAUAAUUUGGCUCGAUGUCUCAAACAACUAGAUUUUGAUGUUCAGAUUUAUAAAGAUUUUACACUAAAAGAACUUAUGCGUCAGGUUGAAUGGGCAGCUAGCCAGGAUCACACCAAUAACGAUUGUAUUUUGGUGACCAUUCUUUCGCACGGAGAAUUGGGCUAUAUUUAUGCUAAAGAUACGCAGUACAAAUUGGACAGUAUUUGGAGUUAUUUCACAGCACAACACUGUCCCACAUUAGCUGGAAAGCCAAAAUUAUUCUUUAUUCAAGCUUGUCAAGGUGAUCGUUUGGACCCCGGUGUCACUAUGAAACGUGCAGUGACUCAAACUGAUGGUGAGUCAUCAAUGAGUUAUAAAAUACCGGUGCAUGCAGAUUUCCUUAUUGCAUACUCAACGAUACCAGGGUUUUACUCAUGGCGUAAUACAACCAGAGGAUCCUGGUUUAUGCAAUCUUUGUGUGCUGAGCUAACUGCCAACGGUAAACGGUACGAUAUACUUACAUUGCUUACGUUUGUUUGUCAACGUGUUGCCGUUGAUUUUGAGUCAUGUACCCCAGAUACACCAGAUAUGCACCAACAGAAGCAGAUUCCAUGUAUAACGACAAUGCUUACGCGAAUACUACGUUUUUCUGAAAAGAAUCAAUUACCACCAGCAGCAAGAGUUUAAAUCCACCGUAUACCAGAAAUAAAAGUGUGGAUUCAUUCUGGUAAAUGUGAUAGAAUAGACAACAGUUUUGAAACUCUGGUUUUUAUAUCAUAAAAUUUCUUAUUACUCAUAUUUAUAACCAAAUUUAAAAAUUCGCAUGUUUUUUAUAAAUCAUAAUAUUCGUAGGUAUAUAACAUCUUGUGAAAUUGUAUGACUGAUGUCCCACUUUACAAAUAUCCAAUAAAUCUUACUUUCUUAAAUUAUUUCAUUUAAA